GUAGAGACUCUGCCCAGUCUUCCAGCAAGCCUGUCGGAGAAUCUGGCUGUAUCUGAAAGGGCAGCCAUUUUUAGUUAGGGUGAAAUAGUGGAUGAGCAGGACCCUCUGUCAGUGACCCAGCUUUGUUCUAGCUAUGUUUAGUCAGUAGAUUCAUAGGUCCAUGUGACAGCCAAACUCUGCACUGGCAGCAGUGUCUGCAUGUGUCGCUUCUGGGUAGCUGGUAUUACAGACAAAUGGAAAAUGUGACCGUCUAACAGCCAGGAGGUCAAGGAAAUCUUCCCUCACACAAAAUGAAUGUGUGCAACAGUACUGACCUUCCGGAAGUUGAAAUCAUCAGCCUGCUGGAGGAACAGCUGCCCCAUUACAAGCUAAGAGCGGAUACCAUCUACGGGUAUGACCACGACGACUGGCUCCAAACGCCACUUAUUUCUCCUGAUGCCAACAUUGACCUGACUACAGAGCAAAUUGAAGAGACCCUCAAAUAUUUCUUGUUAUGUGCUGAAAGAGUGGGCCAGAUGACUAAAACAUACAAUGAUAUAGAUGCUGUUACACGUCUGCUUGAGGAGAAAGAACGGGAUCUUGAAUUGGCGGCACGGAUUGGCCAGUCUUUGUUGAAGAAGAAUAAAACCCUUACAGAAAGGAAUGAGUACCUUGAAGAACAAGUAGAACAUAUCAGGGAGGAGGUUUCACAGUUGCGUCAUGAACUGUCCAUGAAAGAUGAGCUGCUUCAGUUUUAUACCAGCACAGCUGAAGAAAGUGAGCCCGAGUCCAUAUGCUCCACUCCAAGCUUGCUGUCAGAGGCCUCGUGUGUCACCCCGUGUUUUGAUGAAAGUCUGAAGAGAAAUGAAUCUUCUUCAUCCGUCCAAAACUAUUUCCACUUUGAUUCACUCCAGAAGAAACUGAAAGACCUUGAAGAUGAGAAUAUAGUUCUCCGGUCGGAGGCAUGCCACUUGGAAACUGAGACAAUCACUUAUGAAGAGAAGGAACAGCAGCUUGUGAAUGACUGCGUGAAAGAGCUAAGGGAUGCAAAUAUCCAAAUUGGUAACAUAUCUGAGGAAUUAGCUAAGAAAACUGAAGAUGCUGCUCGACAACAAGAAGAGAUAACGCACCUUUUGUCGCAGAUAGUUGACAUUCAGAAGAAAGCAAAAGCAUAUACGGUUGAAAAUGAAGAACUUGUGCAACAUUUGGCUGCAGCUAAAGAUGCCCAGCGACAGCUCACGGCAGAGCUACGGGAGUUGGAGGACAAAUACGCAGAGUGCAUGGAGAUGCUUCACGAGGCGCAGGAAGAGCUGAAGAACCUGAGAAACAAAACCAUGCCCAAUGUCAUCUCCCGACGGUACCACACACUGGGUGUAUUCCCUAUGGAUUCGUUAGCUGCUGAAAUAGAGGGAUCCAUGAGGAAAGAGCUGCAAAUGGAUGAUCCUGACUCCCCUGAAAUGAAUGGCAAUCUGAACAAGCGGGUGUUUGAGACCGUGCGGAGUGUGAACCAGGUGGUCAAGCAGAGAUCAUUGGCUCCAUCACCAAUGAACAUCCCUGGAUCUAACCAGUCAUCUGCAAUGAACUCUCUGAUGUCAAGUUGUGUCAGCACUCCACGUUCCAGUCUGUAUGGUGGAGACAUCUCCAACAUUGUUAUUGAUAACAAAACCAACAGCAUUAUCUUGGAAACAGAAUCUGACUGCAUAGAUGGAGAUAAAAACAAGAAGCCUGGCACACCAGGUACCCCUGGUUCCAACGACCUAGAGACGGCUCUGCGACGCCUCUCUCUUCGCCGCGAGAACUUCAUCCUGGAGCGAAAGUUCUUUGAAGAUGAUCAGGAGAGGAAGCUACGUAGCUUGGCUGAGAAGGGAGAGAUCCACAGUGGUUCUGUAACCCCGACAGAUAGCAUCAUGUCCUUGGGAACCCACUCUCGGAUAUCAGAGCUCACGGGAAUCUCGGGAAUGUCCUAUGGAAGCCGCUCCUACUUGCCAGAGAAACUGCAGAUUGUGAAGCCCCUAGAAGGUUCUGCCACACUGCAUCACUGGCAGCAGCUGGCCCAGCCCCACCUGGGAGGUAUUCUGGAUCCAAGACCUGGAGUGGUCACCAAAGGCUUCCGUACGCUAGAUCUCGACCAUGAGGAUGUGUACUGCUUUGCCGACUAUGAAGAAGAUGAGACAGGUGACAUUCCUUUCAAGAAUUUAACUACCUCGACUCCCGUCCAGUACUCAGAGACCUCAGGUGAGAGGUCACAAGCACAAGUGACUGUGUCAGACAGCAAGAAUUGUCCAAGCCAUUCUCAGGCUGCGCCCGAGGAUUUGCAAGAGCCAGCGACAGACGAUGAUGUGCACCACCCUGGAAAGUGCAUGUCUCAGACGAACUCAACAUACACCUUUACCACCUGUCGUAUUCUGCACCCGUCUGAUGAACUCACACGAGUCACUCCAAGCCUUAAUUCAGCGCCCACUCCAGCUUGCAGCAGCUUUAGCAAUCUUAAAUCAACUCCAGCUAGCACCCCUUGCACACCUCGGCGCCUGAGCUUGGCUGAAUCGUUCACCAAUCUCAGGGAGUCAACAACCACUAUGAGCACAUCUUUAGGGCUGGUGAGGCUACUGAAAGAACAGGGAAUUUCUGCCGCUGUGUAUAACCCUCAGAGCUGGGACAGGGCUUAUGUCAGUUCGCUUCCAAAAAUGACUGUUAUACCUUCCACCCCUCCAAACUCACCUAUGCAGACACCCAGCUCUUCCCCUCCCUCAUUGGACUUUAAAUGCACCAGCCCACCUUAUGAUAAUUUCCUUGCUUCCAAACCUGCCAGCUCCAUCCUAAAAGAGGUGCGAGAAAAGAAGAGCAUACGAAGUAGUGAAAGCCAAACAGAUGUCUCUGUAUCCAACCUUAACCUAGUGGACAAAGUGAAGAAGUUUGGGAUUGCCAAAGUCUCAGGACCAGCACAAAUGUCUGCUCUUCGUGAAAGUCAUAGGCCUCUUAUUUGUGGUGCACAGGGACCAAUGAGGGCCUAUGUCUCUGGUGGGUUGAUACAGGAAGGUCUACCUUUGAGCUAUCCUUCUGUGACAAGUGCCAUAGGUGGCCUUCAGCUAAACUCUGGCAUCCGUAGGAAUCGCAGCUUCCCAACCAUGGUAGGGUCCAGCAUGCAAAUGAAAGGACCAUCUGCCAUGACAUCAGACAUUCUUAUGGGAGCCAAGUUGCCUAAACAAACUAGCUUGCGUUGAAGAAUCUCCUGAAAACGUAACUAUUUUUCACACUGGACACAACAUUGGCCUCACGCUUUCUUGGGCUCAGACUUGAGUUAAAGCCCCAAUCCUCUACUUUUUUUCCUUUUUCUUUAUAAUGACAAAUCAACAUUGUGCCUAGAUGAGAAAUAAAAAAAUAUAUUCUAUAUAUAAAUAUGUAAAUAAGUAUUAUAUUGUGUCUAAAACAAGUGACUUAAUACAGUCAUUACCGUUGUACUAUUGUAGAUAAUUAACUUCUAAUAAUGUACAUUAAAUGAAAAUAAUUGUGGUGGGAAAAGGGGUUCUGAAUGCACUGAACAUGAAAUAGAUCUCUGGGGGAUCAAGAGAAACGAGCUGCAAAACGGAAAAUUUGACCAAUGGUCUAGACAUUUCAAUGAAUAUUUCUGAAAACGUCUUAGCAGGUCUUUACCAUUAUUACUUCUCUCAUAGUAAAGCGAGUACUGCAGAUAUUAAAAGCAGCAUGCAAUACGGUUAGAGGAGACACAAAACUAUUUCAGUUAUAGAACAUUUUCCGACAGAGAUAACGUGAUUGUCCUUCACCACCUUUAGUGUAAUAGACUUAUUUGCUGUCUUACGCUGGCUCUGCACAAUCCUCAGUUAUGUGUUAAAGGUGCAACUCAUUUUAUUUUCUUCAAUGUUUCACUAGGAACACUGGGAGUUCUUUAAAAACGUUUCCUGGGAUUUAAAGGUCACUGUAAAAUUAAAAAAAUAUCAUCCGCCUUGCUGGCAAAAAGCUUGUUUAUGCCAUAUUAUUAAAUAACUUGUAUUAUGGAACACUGCAAAACUAUUUCAUGUCAUUGAUAAAGGAGGAACCUAGUGUUUUUUUUAUAAUGUAAAAAAAAGAUGAACACUGAGACUUUAGUUUAUUUAAAUUAUCUUUAAAAGGGCACUAGUGUUUUGUUUUUUAAUUAGACACCACUAAAGUUUUAUGGUAUUUUAUUUCUGUAGGAGAAAUGUGUGUGUAAGAAUAACUGAAUGAGCGUGUCUAUACAUAUCAGCCAAAUAAUAAACGUUAAGACAAUAUCUAUCCAUUCACUGAACUUCAGUUUUGGUCCUUUACGAGGCAACUUGUUUUGUUUUUGUGCUUUAAUGUUGUGCGUGUAAAUUCUUUCUCUUGAGAUGAAGAACAAAGCUGUAAAUAGACUUCUAAAUAAAGGGACUUUUCGUUUUA